UCUACCCAGCACAUGUUCUUUCACUUCUCUCACGUUAUUUCAUUUGUAUAAAAUAAAGUGCUAGAGUCUGAUUCGAUUCAGAAAUGCUUAGAACUUUGCGCUGGCAAAUUUUGUCACCUUUUCUCGUUCAUAUUAUCAUACAUUGUGCAGAUGACAAGAUUCGUUGAAAGUUCGAGGAGUAACGGCAUCGUCAUGCCGUACAGUCACACACAUCGCGUCACUCGGCGACCCCGCGGUCAAAAUUCUCGUCGACCUGCGAACAAAAGCUAUAUCCGAGUUGGUGGCUAUCCCUUCAUCCGAAACCCUGCAAAUCUUCCUUAUCACAAAAGACGAUGGGUUCUCGCCCUCGCACUGCUCGCCCUAUUUAUCUGCUUCCUGGUCCUAAUCGGCAUCGGAGGCAUGAUCACUUCCCAAAAACAUGGGGCCAAAUACCACCAUUAUUUUCAUGACAAAGGAAUCAAUACGACUUAUAAAAUUAUGAGGAAACUUGUCCAAGAUUGUGAACACUUGAGAUCCGUAGAAAUGCAGUUUCUAGCCAUUAGUGACAUCACAGCGUUACAAUCUCUCAUAAAAACAAAGCUACAGCCAGUUCAAGACAUCGUGACAAGUCUCACUUCGCAAACUAGUCAAUACGAAAGGAUGGAGAGGGCUGAAAAACCUAUGCAGUUUAUCACCACGGCAUUCAGGGCGUUGGAUGAGUGUGACGAGAAAUUGGAACACGAAUUUGAUAUGGAGAUUCAGGACAUUCAACGGAGUGACGCUGCACUAGCCAAGCAGUUAAUGAUUGACUACAAAUCUAUGGUGGAAGAAAAUGAAUACAUCAUCCACGUCCUUCAUGAUGAAAAUUUGGUUCGGGACCAUAUUUAUAUUACACCACCGCCAGAAGUUGACGCCAUAGAGGGAGGAGCAUACAUUGAUAACUUGUUACUCGUGAACAAUUUCGAUCACGUUCUGACCAUCGUUAAAAAUUUGGUUGCAUUACUCAAAAAACGGGAAGAAGCUUGGAAUGAGUUGGACCGGCUGCAAAACAAACUGGGAAUUGAUAAGACCGGUUUGAAUGAACAAAGUUUGAAACGUGCAAAGGAUGACAAUACAAAGGAUUAUCAGAAACUGAAAGAAGUUAUCGUUCCUCGGACAAAAAUUCUGGUCGAAGCUGUGAAGCAGUACGUCUUGGUGAACAGCACGUUCAUCCAACUGUUGCAGCCACACCAUUCAAUCACAGGGAGCAAGGUGGCCGAGUUGGCUGACAACUUUCAUCUAAAUGAGAUAAAUCGAAGAAAAGGAUAUUUGGAUUUGCGUGUUGGACUUGUGCACGACAUUAACAAGUUGAGGUACAAAAUUAAGAAAUUGUAAUGUGAUUUUGGUAUGCUUGGUGGUUCGGGAAAAUUGUAUUUAAACUUUGGUCCAAACAAUUACAUAACUGUGGUCAAUUCCGAAUUAUAUAAAUACAAAAAUUAUUUCAUGUGAUGUUAAUGUACUUCUUCAUGUAGUUGCAGUGUUCAAUGUGCCAAUCUUCUCAAUGUACUAUUUUUUGUACUGCAUGUAAUUGCUGCAU